CUGUGCUUCUCCUGCUGCUCUCAGUUCCUUUAUCUCUUGUCAGUCUCAGCUUCAUCCUUUGUUUCUCGUCCUCACUCUAGGCCACGGCCAGAUUUCUUCUACCGCUGCUUUCCAGAUGGCCGGGAAACCCUUCAGCUACUAUGCACGGGUGAUGCAGACGUGGUGACCGAAGGGCGCAAGAGUUUCCCCAGCGGACAUUCCUCAUUUGCCUUUGCAGGCUUGGCCUUUGGUUCCUUCUACAUUGCCGGGAAGCUGCGCUGCUUUGCUCCAGGUGGACAGGGCCAGUCCUGGCGCCUCUGUGCCUUCCUCGCCCCCCUCUUCGUCGCCAUGCUCAUUGCUUUGUCCCGCACCUGCGAUUACAAGCACCAUUGGCAAGGUGAGUGGACUCUUGGUGGAAAGAUUUGAGGGCUUGGGGGAAAAUUCACCUUAAUUUGUAGGAAUUAUAGUUCACCUACAUCCAGAGAGCACUGUGAACCCAAACACCAAGAGAUCUGCACCAAAUUCGGCAUACAUACCCAAUAUGGCAAAAUGUGAAUACUGGUGGGUUUGGGAGGGAAUUGGCCUUGACAUUUGUUAGUUGUGGGUACGGGGAUUUAUAGUUCACCUGCAAUCAAAGAGCACUGCACCCCAGUGAUAAUAGGCCUGGACCUAACUUGGUACACAGAACCCCCAUAACUAACUGAAA